CGGCUCGUGACGUAACGACGUUCGGCUACGUGCGGCUGGUGAUGUAGAGGUCACGUGGGGACAGCGCCGCUGCUGCGCGUAGGGAGCCCCAUCCGGUCGGUGCGGCCGCCGGUCCGUGCAUGUUGCUUGUCUCCUCUUUCUCUCGCCCUCGGGGUCUUCCGUCCAGUCCCGCCACCCCGCCUCGCCGCCGCCGCCUCCUCAGCCGCCGCCCUUGAUGUGGGUCGGGGCCGGGCGGGGAGAAGAUGCCGCCGUCCAAGUCCCGCAAGAUCGCGAUCCUGGGCUACCGGAGCGUGGGGAAAUCUUCAUUGACUAUUCAGUUUGUGGAAGGCCAGUUUGUUGAUUCGUAUGAUCCAACCAUAGAAAACACUUUUACAAAACUGAUCACAGUAAAUGGGCAAGAAUAUCAUCUUCAGCUAGUAGACACAGCUGGCCAAGAUGAAUACUCCAUAUUUCCUCAGACAUACUCCAUAGACAUUAAUGGCUACAUUCUCGUUUAUUCAGUCACAUCAAUAAAAAGUUUUGAAGUGAUUAAAGUUAUCCAUGGCAAGUUAUUGGAUAUGGUGGGAAAAGUCCAAAUACCCAUUAUGCUGGUUGGAAAUAAAAAAGACCUGCAUAUGGAACGGGUGAUCAGCUAUGAAGAAGGGAAAGCUUUAGCAGAAUCCUGGAAUGCAGCUUUCUUGGAAUCCUCUGCUAAAGAAAAUCAGGGGUUUUGGAUUGUUUUCCUCAACUGUAUAAGGAAGUGGCAAGCUUAUAACAUAUGGCUGCAUGCAACCAACAUAUGUUAAUGCUCGCUGUUUUGCAGUCUGAGGUUUCAUAUGUAUAAUACUGCCGUUGACGUUUUUAGGAGGAUAAUUUUGGAGGCAGAAAAGAUUGACGGGGCAGCUUCACAAGGAAAGUCGUCAUGCUCAGUAAUGUAAUUCCACUGCAAAACCUGAACACUGGGAAUACAUUCUACCUGAAGAAGCAAACUGCCCGUUAUCUUUAAGGAUAAACUAUGCUUCUUUUUUCUUCUGUUUAACCUGAAAGAUACAGUUGGUUGGAGCCUUUCCCCUCAGAUUAUGUUAAACUCUGACUCCUGUGUAAAUGGCUUCACUUCCAUUUUCAAAUUUUAAGCAAUCAUAUUUUCAGUUUAUAUUGUAUUUCUUAAUAUUAUGACCAAGAAUUUUACUGGCAUUAAUUUUUCAGUGUAGUCUAUUGGUUAGAAUAAUCAUCAAAAUGAUGCAUAUUGUUACACUACUCUUAACUAGGCUUGGAUAUCAGUGUUUCUUUGUGUUAAAUGUAUACUUGUAAAUAAAAUAGCUGCAAACCUUA